AUGCUAAACAGCAACUCUCUGGAACUUAGUUACAGCAAUGAGGAUCCGGCUACAUAUUUACACUAUAAUGGUACCCUAACAAUUCCUGACUUGCUCUUGGCUUCAACCGACAUUAGCGAGCAUACACGCCGCAAAAUAAUUGACGAUCCUGGUUCUAGUCACAAACAAACCAUUCCUAGUAUUACCAUCGGUAGCAAAAGCAUGACAAGGAUAGUGACAACUAAGCUAUCAUGGAACUUCAAGAAGGCUGACUGGCCUAGAUUCACAAACCUUUUAGAGAAUGAACUUCAGCCUAGAUUCACAAACCUUUUGGAGAAUGAACUUCACACAAUUCCCAACUAA